AUCUCAGUCUCUUCACUGUCAGAGAGCAGCGGCGAGAGGCAGCAGUCCCUUCCCCAAAAUUCAUGGCAUGGUCACUCCCCCCUCCCUUCCUCUCUCUUCCCCAUCCCCUGCCCCUCUCUCUCUUCUCAUUCUUCGAUGGGAUCAUAAGAGAGAGCACCCAAUCGAAACUCUUGGGAAUCCAGACGCAUCAUUCCGAGAAAUCUGUCGGAGUUUCACUCACGAUCCACCUCUUCCUGGUGGAAGGCCUUCAAUUAGAGGCAGGAAGAGAAGUGGUGGCUCCCAAAUCCAAAAGUUCCUCCAAAAGGGUUGUCAGUGGAUGCAAGGAAGAGGUUGCAGCAAUGCAGGGACUGUACCAACCAGAUACUGAAGGCAGCCUUAGCAAUCAAUAG